GAUGUGGGUAACUGGCGAACAACAACGCUGGCAGGUUUUCCAGAAACGAUGGCUGACAGUUGAUUAGAUUUGUAUAUUUAUUACAGUUUUUAGCUGUGUCUGCCUUCUGCUGUCGCUCGGACCAUGGCUUCAGCUCGUUACUGGUGCUUUCUCGGUGUAACGUUACCGCUCGUCCUGCUGCGGUGGCCGGGGCUGCUGGUGGCGGCGGAGCAGGUCGCUCUGGUGGAGGUAUUCCUGGAGCAGCGGCCCGGGGUCAGCGCUCUGCUCCAGGGGGAGGUGGUGGAGCCCAGCGGGGACAGCAGGACCCCCGGGGAGCGAGAGGACCUGGAGGGAGAGCUGGUCCUGGUUCAAGAUGAGGAGGCGCAGGUGGAUGGAGGAGGAGAGGAUGACACCAAAGAGCAGGAGCUGUGGAUCGGGGUGGUGCCUGUGGAGAUGGACGACAGCAAAGCCUCCACUGGGAACCAGGAGUCCUUCGCUGAUACGAUGGUUAAUAAGAUGAAGCGAGCCCUGGUCCUCGGAGCUUCGGCGCUGAUCAUCCUGGCUCUCAAUCAAAACACUGUCAGCGAGAUGGAUCUGUCUCAGGUGCUGUCCAAGCCCAUCAUUGUGAUCCAGACGUCUGAAAAUGUCACUAAGCUGAUCGGAGCUCUGCUCAGGGGCCUUCAGGCGACAGCAAAAAUCACGUACAAGACGAUCCUGCAGGACAACCUGGGAGCCACGCUCACGCUGUGGUCCAGCUGCGGUCGAUCGAGAGGCGGGCGCUACGGAGAGUGGCAGGGGGUCAUCUGCACGGGGGAGACCAACUCACAGGUCCAGAAGUACCUGCAGCAGUUGUGGGACACUGUCCUCCUGGUGGCUCUGAUCCUCAGCACCGGAGUCAUCGUUCAGGCUCGCUGGCAGUACCAGGACCACCAGCUGAACGACGACUUAGAGCUCCUUCCUAAACAGGACGUUCUGAAGAGAAUGUCCUCUCUGAAGACCAAAACAUACCGUCAGCCCAAACCCUGGUGUGACCCGUCCCAGCCGGUGGAGACGGACAACUGUGCCGUGUGUCUGGAGCCGUUCAACAACAACCAGUGUCUGCGGGUGUUGCCGUGUCUUCACGAGUACCACAGAGAUUGUGUCGACCCCUGGCUGUUACUGCAACACACCUGUCCUCUGUGCAAACGCAGCAUCCUCAGCAGCGUCUGCAAAGACAGUUAACGGUUGCCUCACCUCCACCAUUGCCGCAGCAGCAGCUCUCGUCCUUGGUGACACUCCAGUAGCCGUUCUUCUUUUUUUUACUGACCUCGCCACUUCCUCCUUCCAGCAAUGGAUUGUGGGAGCAAAUCUAAACUUCUCACAGCAGCUGACCGGCCGUCGGGACAGUGAAGCAGUCAGAGUUUGGCCUCUGACUUUUGGGUGGGUCUCACAGACACACACACAGUGGUAGUAUAAACACAAUACUAUGAAGUACUGUACUGGUACUGUUGUGUAUGAACAGUACUUCUUCCUGGGAUCAUGUUACUGUACAACUGUGGAAAUUUGUUUGUAUGUGUGAUCUACAGCAGUGAAGAUGUGACUCGUCAAACGCUGACAACCUGAGCGAGUUUUCAUGAGUCAGUGUUUGUGCAUGAACAUUCAGUACUUUGAUUUUAAAACACAGACAUACUGGAUGAACUUUAGGCCCAAAUAAUGUCAAUAACCAACUUAUUAAGUGGACUAACAGGAGUUAAAACGUGAGUGAUAUCCUCUAGUGUCCAGACUCAUAAUUUGUAAUUAAAUGUUAGUUGUAGAGGUUUUGUAGUUGUAGUGCAGAAUGAACUGUGCCACAGUUGGUAGCAGAU